GUGUGUUUCCACUUACAAACCACAUCUACUGAAGGACCUCUGCACUAGAGAAUCCAAUCUGACACUGCUCUCUUGGUUUGCUUGUUUCAGGUUGAAAGGUUACCCAACAUGGCAACUUUACUGUAUCUCAUCGGUGGACAAGGUGGAGGUCCAUUUGAACUCACUGGAAGGGACAAUGGUGCCACCCUCAAGAAGAUUGGAGUGGCAGUGGAAGGUUGGCAGAUCAAAGCUGUGCGGGCAGAGCUGACCGACGGGCGUGUGAAGACCUUUGGAGAAGCGAACACUUUCAGUGAGUUUGAGUUCAGCCUUGGUGAGCGCAUCACCAAGCUUUCCCUGUGGGGGAACGGUGCUGGGACGCGUCUGGGUGGCAUCAGGUUCUGGACCAGUACGGGCCGGGAGUUCUUUCAGCAUAUGAAUAGCUGGCCCCUGAAGACUGAGUACUCCAUCGACGUGGGGUCUGGGGUCUGUCUGGGGCUGCAGGGAAAUUGUGGCGCUGACAUCGACUGCAUGGGCUUCCUCUUCAUCAGCCCCAUCAGGACGUCUGUGCUAACCGACAUGCACUAUCCUAACCUGGCCAUGUUCACACCUCAGGUGAGAAAAGAAUAUAUAAAAUCGGUGUCUUAUCACAACAACACCACUGCGCCUCAAGAUCAGACCAUUCAGUACAGCAGGUCCGUGACCAAGAAAUCCUCCUGGACCACCACCAAUAAGAUUGAGUCCACCCUCAGUGUGUCUGUUCAAGCAGGGAUCCCAGAUCUGGCUGAGGUGUCUACUGGGUGGAGCUUGACCGUGGGACACGAGCAGUCCUCCUCAAUGUCCAAUGAGGAGACCAUAACAGAAGCAGAUAACACCACUGUGAAGAUCCCUCCAGGGAAGACCGUGACCGUUGAGAUGUCAGUGGGACGAGCAGUCAUCGACCUCGCCUACUCAGCCGUAGUGAAAGUCACAUGCCUGAAUGGUAGCGAGCUGGUCUUCCCAUCUACCGGGAACUACAAUGGUGUGACUUACACUUCAGUGAAUGUAAACACCACUGAGUCUGAUAAAGUUAUGAAUGUCAAAUAAGAUGUAUUAACAUCUUACUGUGCACAGUUUCAUAUUGAUUGCAAAAGAUUGAUUUGAUUGCUAAUGCAGAGUCCAGUGAACUUGCUGAGGGAAUGAUUGUCACAGAUAAAUGAAUCAUCAUUAUAAACCUGUUUGUGUUUCCAUGUCUCUCCUUAGAACUUAAACGUAAAACCAAAUAUAAUAUGACUGAAAGAAUCCUUGCAAGUUUUAACCCUUUUGUUGAGAAUAUGUUGGUGAGGUUUAGCAACUUCCAGAAUUUGUCAAUGAUUUUACAAACAUGAUCAACAAUAUCAGAACUGUAUGAUCUUGGCUAGUUUGAUUUGUGGAGCCUCCACACACAUUUUUAAUUAAAAAGGCUUAGCUGCUCUAAGACAGUAAUAAAGUGAAAUAUCUCCACAAAGUG